AUGAUUAAGAUCUGGUCGUUGAAGAAAGCCGAAUCGGAUGCUGCCAAGAAGAAACCAAAGACCAGUGCAGCCCAAAUCCGGGUUCAAAAAGAUCUGACGGAACUCGAGCUUCCAUCGACUAUGACCACGCAUUUCCCUGAUCCGACCGAUCUCCUGAACUUUACCCUUACCAUCAAGCCAGAUGAAGGAAUGUACAAAGGUGGCGCGUUUAUUUUCAACUUUGUGAUUAAUUUGAAUUAUCCUCACGAGCCACCGAAGGUCAAGUGUACUCAGAAGAUCUAUCAUCCGAAUGUUGACGUUGAAGGGAACGUGUGCCUCAAUAUUUUGAGGGAAGAUUGGAAGCCAGUAUUGAACUUGAACGCGGUGAUAGUUGGACUGCAGUACCUAUUUUUGGAGCCGAAUGCAGAUGAUCCAUUGAAUAAGGAGGCUGCCAAUGACUUGAGGAACGAUCGGGUCACCUUUGAACACAAUGUUAGGAACAGCAUGAAUGGUCGAUCCAUCAGGGGUACUACCUACGACGUCGUUACGACAAAACGAUCAUGA